AUGCGCUCCUCAAAACUUGUAAACACAUUCUACUUGUUAUUUAGAUUUGCCGCCUAUGGGGUGUGCGCAGUAGCUCUAAGAGCAGACGACCGCGGACAUCUUUCCUACCACAAUGCUACUCUUCAUUUCCAAGGGAAUUCAACUGAUGGCCACCAGGAUAUAUAUUAUCAUAAUGCAACCGCCCAGGUGAACUACGCCAGCGCCCAGUCUCGCAACCAAACUGUGACGAGCACCAUUGGUCACCAAGCUACCCCCAAUAAUACUCUUCCACCAUCACACGCGAAAUCUCAAUCGCCGAGCUCAGUAGCAUCCCCUAUCUCAAAAGGGGUGAAUAGCACCGGCUACACUAUCAGAACGUCUAGCUCAAAAUCUAGCGAGCCUCCCACUAAGACUAUCGCCGUCGAGGAGGUCACUAAAACGAGUCCUGAGGAGGCCAGAAGAAGGGUAAAGAAAGUUAUAAGUCCAAGUUUCUUCUACAAACAGGGUAGAGCGAGGGUCAAGUGUGCUUCUCCAAAAGUGGUAUAUAAUAUAGACCCGCACGAAAAUGUAGUAGGGUUCCCUUUAGAUAAAUGGCCUCACUGGAGAGUCUUGUUUCCUCAUCCACCAGACGGCUGGGCCGAGAUUGAACAUUUCCAACUAGAUUGCUCUCGCCAUUGUAAGUGUAACGAACAUGGCGGAGUAGAGCUCCGGCCUAAAUUGGGUGGAUGUUCGAGCAAGUUUAAAGCUGAUAAAUGCGCGGUUGCACUCGGGUGCUACUGUACCGCAGUGCUAGUGCAGCCGACAGCUAAUAUACCGGGGGCAACCCUUGCUGAUUUCCAAGACGCUAUCGAUCGAAUACCAGAAACUAUCCGGAACGACAAUCCAUAUUAUUGGUGGGAAAUGCAUGGCCUAGCUGUUCCACGGCGCCCAUGGGACCUUAUGGGCUGGUCACGUGAACAAGCGCCACCGAGGCCCGUUGACCUGGAACCUCCAUGGAUGGCCAACAAUCCGGGAAGAAUAUCUGAAUCAGAAGUUCCUUUAUCAGGGCCUAACCGUGUUCCUCCACCAGGUAAUUCCAAUAUCCUAUGGAGAGGGGGGAAGGACGUGCGUGGCGGUAAGCCGCAGAAGCGAGAGGCUCUAAAAGAUGAGGACUCCGUAAAAGAGAAUCCUAAGAGGACUCUACCUAGCGAAGAGGACGACACUAAAAGCGAAGUGUUGAAACGCCGCGACAGCGACAAUGGUCAAAGUGGUAUCGGAGGAAACGUCGUGGACGGUGCAGAAGAUAGUCACAGGGGAAAUUAA